CGUCAUACAACCCGAGGAAUUCUGCCCUGCGAUAUUUUCUUUCCGGCCUGGCGUUAUUCAGGAACGCGUUAAUUAGACUUGACGUCUCGCAGACACGUUUGCGGUCAAAUACACUACACAACUCCCGACCACCGCAGUUCGGGGUCCCUCCAACACACCCAACCUCAUCUAAUCGCCUAUACACAAUCAAAAUAAACAGUUCAUGCCCCCGCGCCGCCGGGCCCCUCGAGCGGGCUCUCGAACCGACCUCCCCCCACUGAAGAUUGUCCGGAAGAUCCUCCUCCUUCAAGUCGCCUACUAUGUCACCGCCACGGCUCUCAUCCUCUUUACGACGGUCGUCUACGGUACACCCUUCUCCCUCGACCUUGUCUUCAGCUGGAAUGCCCUCCGCGGUGAUACGACGAUCGGAUGGAUGCUUGGCUUGGUGUGGUUGUUGACGAGUGGGAUUGGGGCAAUAUUUCUCCUUCUCCUCGUCGCUCGGUCCAAGCUUAUCCCUGACUUCGCUCUUACCCUACACUUCCUCCACCUCAUCGCUACAACCUUGUACACGCAUUCCGUGCCCGCGAAUUGGCUCUGGUGGGGCCUGCAAGGUGCGAGUGCCGCGUUCAUGACGUUCUUGGGCAUCUGGGCCUGUCGUUGGCGGGAACUGCAGCCCAUCAGUUUCGGUGGUAUCGGCGGAGGCAGUAGCAGUGGUGCAUCUGCUGCAGCUUCAGGAAGUGGUGAAACACAAAGUGGUGCUGGCGAAGAGGAGUCAUUCUCACUAUCGAGGGGUAGAGGAAGAGGACGAGGCUUGCGCGAUAGUAGCAGUGCCGGGGAUGAGUAUGAGAUGGUGGAAAUGAAGGGUGACGUGGCGGUAUAGAUCUCUUUCUUCUUCUCUGGUUCUUCUUCCCUUUUCUUUGUCAUGACCUUAUCACCCUUUUUAUUAUCUCUUUUUGACCUUGGAGUGCGUGAGACUCCCACUGGAUGUGGUUAUGGUCUAUCUUCACGUUUGCUCCUGUUCUUUUCUCAUGUAUACCCUAGCUGGCUGGUACCUGCAUUGGUGGCGUUGUUGGAUUGAUGCCAAUUACUUCAUUUCCUAUUUUCUUCGACGUGUUGUUUUAACUUAUAUC